AUGGAUCUGUCUUCCCAGUCACGAUCGGACUCGAACGAAGGGAACCAGGCUGCCCUGGCUGAACAGUCACAGCAGCAGAGUAUGACGGGUUCUUAUGGACACUAUGCCGUGCAGGGGCAACAACAGGGGGCUUAUCAAAAUGUGCAGAACGACCCAGGCUGGACACAGCGAGUCUUGGAAGAGAUGAAGGACUUGCUCCUCUUGCUAAACGCCCAGGGUCGGAUCACUUACGCGUCGCCGUCAUCGAAGUCGAUCACCGGUCGUGCAGCCAAACAACUCGAGGGCAGCCUAUUCACUCAGUAUAUUCACGAGGACGACAAGCCUAUCUUCCUGAGAGACAUGGAUGAUGCGGUGGCGACGAACACACCAUUUCGAACCCAUGUGCGGUUGCAAAAGUCGAACAGCACGUACUCCCUGGUCGAAACCUACGGACAUCCACAUAUUGCGAGCGAAAAUGGGACCCGGGGGAGGAACAUCAUCCAGGAUCGCUGCACCGGCUUCUUCAUUAUGUGCCGACCCUACCCCACAAAGAACUCGCUGCUUCUUGACUCGUUCCUGGAACACAAGAUCGAGAAUGCACGCUUGGCCCAGCAAAUUGCCAAGCUAAAGCAGGAAGAGGACGAAGAGGCAAACCUGUCUCGACUGUCUUACGCAAAGAUUGAAGGGAAAAUGCUUGAGAACCAGGCAGCCGCUCAAGGAAGUGGCAGUGAUCAAGAGUCGACUGAGACCGUUGCGCCUAACUCUGACGAAUCUGACGGGGCCACGGGGGAUUACUUUUCCGAGAAUGCCCCUGGCCCCGAGGGUCUGUCUCAUAUUGAUGGCAUCGAAGUGAUGACCGGUCUAUACUACGGUGAUGGCGAGAGGUCCCAGGGACUCAGCACUGGUCUGCGCCGAGGUCGACUGAUCCAUUGUGACAUCGAUAUCACCACGGCGGUUGAUCAAGCCCGCAACAUGCAGGAAGGUGACAGGCGCAAGAGGCUGAAGGGACAGCACGUCUGCAGUGACUGUGGAACCGCCGACUCACCCGAGUGGAGGAAGGGCCCAAGCGGUCCUAAGACGUUGUGCAAUGCCUGUGGCUUACGCUGGUCGAAGAAGGAAAAGAAGCGUCAGGAGUCUGCUUGA